AUGGUCAGAAUUGCGCUUGCUGGCGGAGCUGGGAACGUUGGAAAGGAGGUCCACGAUGCUCUGGUUGCGAGAGGGAAGCACGAAAUCCUGAUUCUGUCCAGAAAGGACGCACCAGCCGAGGCACUUUCUCCCGGGGUGCAAUGGAUCAAGACGAGCUACGAUGAUGUCGACCAGCUGGCAGAAGCUCUGGAAGGCGUCCACACCGUACUCUCUUUCAUGACCGGACCUAUGGAUCCGACCAACGCCGCGCAAGAGGACGGACAGAAACCACUAAUCGACGCCUCUAUCAAAGCUGGAGUGAAACGGUUUGCUCCUAGUGAGUGGGCUACGUCCAAAUUCAACCACAUGUUCUGGUACAACUUCAAGGACAAGAUUCGAAAGUACCUUAUGAAAGUGAACAAGGAGAAGAAGGUCAUCGAAUAUACUCUCUUUCAGCCAGGCUUUUUCACCAACUACUUGACCUUUCCUUUCAGCUCGGCCAAGCAUGUCAACCUGUUUGAAACCCCAGUCAACUAUCACCAACACCGAGUUCUUACUACUGAGGGCGGCGAAGACGCCAUAGUCACUAUGACUACAGCCCAGGACUUUGCCAAGGUUGUGGCAUUGGCCGUCGAGUAUGAAGGAGAGUGGCCCCUCGUCAGCGGGAUCAAGGGGGGAACGAUGACCAUUGGCCAAAUCAUCGCCCUUGGUGAGAAGCUUCGCGGUAAACCGUUCGAAGUCACCAAACUGAACCCCAAAGAUCUCAAGGCCGGCGUGGUCAAAGCUCCGUGGUUGCCCAGGCUCGUUCACCCCGCCAUCCCACAGGAGACCCUCGAUGCUGUUAUCCCCAGCUUUCUCGUGGGAUUCCUCUUGGGUAUUUCGGCCGGCAACUUUGAAGUCUCUGACGAGUGGAACCGGCUCCUCCCUGACUUUGAGUUCACUCAACCCGAGGAGUUCCUAGCUACGGCGUGGGCUGCAAUUGACGCUGGUGCGAAGAGCGUUCACACUGAUUAA